CAAGUCAUACAUCACUGGACAGAAUCCAGCCUUUAGCUCUCUCUGUCUCCUGAUUCAGUUUUGAGGAGACAGAGGGUAGCGUGGUCACUUUACAGAAAGAAAAGCAACUAGUCAAUGUGGCUUGAGUCGACCGCCAAAGGAAUUUGUCUCUGCGGAGUCUGCUCUCCCCCUCGUCCUCCCUGAGAUCCUCUUUCCUUCCAAAGCAAAUCCCUCCUCCAUGGAACACGUUACCAACGCCACCGUUUCCUUUCCCUCUUUAAAAAAUCUUAAAAGAGCGCAUCAUCUAAUGCCACCUUAUAAAUAUCGUUUAUUUUAGAGAGAUACUCUGGCAGAUACUGCACGCGUUCGUCCCCUUCUUCUGCCUCCUUGCAGACCGACGUCCCUGUUUCCUCUCUCCUUUUUACCGGUUUCAGUUUUUCCCUCUUCAUUCUCUCUCUGUCCCUCGCUGGUUCAUGGUGUCUCCAAGAAGAAGAAGAAGAAGAUGAUGAUGAUGAGCAAAGAGAAGCUAAUAGUAGAGGUGGUGGCUGCGCACAACCUCAUGCCAAAAGAUGGGGAAGGGUCGUCGAGCCCAUUUGUGGAGGUGGAGUUCGAGAACCAGAGGCUGAGGACUCAGUCGAAGCACAAGGACCUUAACCCGGUGUGGAACGAGAGGUUGGUGUUCAACGUGAGCGACCUUAUGGACCUUCCCUACCGCACUAUCGAGGUGAACGUCUUCAACGAAAAGAAGUCCGGCAACAACCGGAACUUCCUCGGCAAGGUCAGGGUGCCGGGCUCGUCGGUCGCCCGGCGCGGCGAGGAGAUUCCCCAGCUUUUUACUCUAGAGAAGCGCAGCCUCUUCUCCCACAUCAAGGGCGAGAUCAGCCUCAAGAUGUAUUACGAAGAAGGUAGCGGUGGUGGCGCCGCGGCCCUUAAGGGGCUGAGCUCUGCUUCCUCCACUGUCUGCAUCGACGAGAAGAAGGCCGCGGCGAAGCGUGACAUGAGCACGGGGGCCACGGCUAACCACCAUGUGGAGCAACCUAAGCAGCAGAAGCAAGAUGAGAAGGGGAAGCACGUCGAGCUGCCGAAGCAGCCGGACGUGAUCAAGCCUACCAUCAUCAUCACCGGAGGAGGUGGUGGGGAGCUCCACCCGUCGGCUGGCUCCGCCGGGUCCUGGCUUCAGAAUGACUAUGGCCUGAAGGAGACAAACCCUCACCUUGGCGGUGUUGGUCCUGCAGUUGCGGCUGCUGCUGCUGCUUCUGGUAUCAGCGGCAAUGCUACCUCCACCGCCGCCGGCGGUGGCGGUACGGGUGGAAAUAUUGGUGGUUUUGGUAGGGAGAAAACUGGUUGGGCAUAUGAUUUGGUGGAGCAGAUGCAGUACCUCUAUGUUCGUGUCGUAAAGGCUCGUGAGCUUGGAGUUGGCUCUGAUGCCCUUGUGGAAGUAAAGGUUGGGAACUACAGAGGGAUCACCAAGCAGGUUGAGAAGAGAAGCAACCCAGAAUGGGAUCAAGUUUUUGCCUUUUCAAAGGAUUGCAUUCAGUCUUCUGUUGUGGAGGUGAUGGUGAAGGACAAGGAUGAGUUUCUAGGGAGGGUGAUCUUUGACCUCAGUGAGGUGCCAGUUAGGGUCCCUCCAGAUAGCCCCUUAGCACCACAAUGGUACAGAAUGGAGGACAAGAAAGGUGAGAGCAAGGUCAAGGGAGAGGUCAUGGUAUCAGUGUGGAUGGGCACCCAAGCAGAUGAAGCCUUUUCUGAAGCAUGGCACUCCAAGGCAGCAAGCGUACCGAGUGAGGGCCUAAACACCAUCAAGUCUAAGGUAUACCUCUCCCCUAAACUGUGGUACUUAAGGGUUACCGUCCUAGAGGCUCAAGACUUGUUCCCCACUGAUAAAGGUAGGUUCCCGGAGUUGAGUGUUAAGGUGCAGGUUGGGAGUCAGGUGUUGCGGACCCGGAGUGCUACCGCUAGGAGUGUGGUGAAUCCCAGUUGGAAUGAGGACCUCAUGUUUGUAGUUGCUGAACCAUUUGAGGACUACGUCAUGUUGGUAGUUGAAGAUAGGGUGGUACCCAGCAAAGAAGAGAUUUUGGGACGGCUUGUAGUGCCUUUGGGCUCCAUAGAGAGAAGGUUGGAUGACAAGUCGGGGACUUCAAGGUGGUUCAAUCUUGAUAGGCACCAUGGUCUCUCUGAAGUCCUAACGAAAAGCUCUAGAUUUGGCAGUAGGAUUCAUUUAAAAAUGUGUCUUGAAGGAGGGUACCAUGUAUUAGAUGAGUCCACAUUGUAUAGUAGUGACCUAAGGCCAACUGCCAAGCAACUAUGGAAACCAAAUAUUGGGGUGCUUGAGAUUGGUAUUCUUGGCGCCAAUGGCCUUCUGCCCAUGAAACUCAAGGAUGGUAGGGGCACAACUGAUGCCUACUGUGUAGCAAAGUAUGGACAGAAGUGGGUUAGAACCAGGACUGUGGUUGAUAGCGUGUGCCCUAAAUGGAAUGAGCAGUACACUUGGGAAGUCUUUGAUCCUUGUACCGUGAUAACUAUUGGUGUUUUUGAUAAUUGCCAUUUAGAUAAAGGAGGAGGAGGGAGAGACCUGAGAGUCGGUAAAGUGAGGAUUAGGCUCUCUACUUUGGAAUGUGACCGUGUGUAUACUCAUGCUUACCCUCUGCUGGUGCUGCACCCUUCCGGUGUGAAGAAGAUGGGUGAGCUCCACCUUGCUCUCCGCUUCUCAUGCUCCUCCAUGGCCAACAUGCUUCACAUUUACUCUUGGCCAUUGCUGCCCAAGAUGCAUUAUACGCACCCGCUUUCGGUUAGCCAGCUUGAGAGCCUAAGGUACCAGGCCAUGACCAUUGUAGCCAUGAGGCUGAACAGAGCUGAACCGCCUCUGCACAAGGAAGUUGUGGAGUACAUGCUCGACAUAGAUUCUCAUGUGUGGAGCAUGAGGCGGAGCAAAGCGAAUUUUUUCCGGCUGGUGACGGUUCUGUCCGGAUUCGUGUCCGUCGGACGGUGGAUCGAAUCGGUCUGCAGCUGGAGGAAACCGGUGGUCUCCGUGUUGGUGAUGGUUCUGUUCUUGAUCUUCGUAUGCUACCCGGAGCUCAUACUGCCCACCCUGCUGCUGUACAUGUUCGCCAUCGGCAUCUGGCGGUACCGGCAGCGGCCACGGCAGCCACCGCACAUGGACACCCGGCUGUCGCACGCCGAAUCGGUGUUUCCCGACGAAUUGGAUGAGGAAUUCGACACAUUUCCGACGAGCCGGGGCGCAGACGUGCUCAGGAUGAGGUACGACCGGCUGCGCAGCGUCGCCGGUCGAGUGCAGACGGUGGUGGGUGAUGUGGCCACGCAGGGGGAGAGGGUGCAGGCGCUGUUGAGCUGGAGGGACCCGAGGGCCACCUUCCUGUUUGUGAUCAUGUGCUUGGUGGGUGCGGUUGGGUUCUACGCCGUGCCGUUUCAGGUGGUGGUGGCGUGCGCCGGAGUGUACAUGAUGCGGCCCCCCAGGUUCAGGAGCAGGCUGCCUUCGCCGGCCCUCAGCUUCUUUAGAAGGCUGCCUGCUCGUGCAGAUGCCCUUCUUUAGCAGUAGAAAAGCGAUGCUUUCCCAGCUAAAUAUUGUCUUUUAGUUCUCUCUUUUCUUGUUCUGUCACUCUUAAGCUUUGUAGUUCUUUUGCCUUUUUGGGUACGAGACCUGUAGUUCAGUGUUGGUGGUAUGGUGGAGAGGGAAGUUUUGAAUUUUGAUGCUGUAAAAAAAUGGUUAUGAUAUUGUUUGUACUGGGUUUCGACUGACUGGAAUGAAUCAAUGAUCAUGGUCUUGACGGUGAUGAUGA